AUGGGGUGGGUUGCUGUUUGGGCUUCCAUACUUGCAGUUGCCACCUACGUCUUCUAUCACAAACUCAUCCGUAAUUUGGGGACAUCUUCUUCACAUUACCCCCCAGGCCCGAAACCCCUUCCUUUCAUUGGCAAUCUGCGCGACCUUGCCGGGAAAGAACUCUGGUUACGAGCGGAAACGUGGAAGAGAGACUAUGGACGUAUCACGUACCUCCACGUUUUUGGACUCGGUGUCGUUUUUUUGAAUACGCCGGAAGCGGUUCUCGAGCUCCUUGACAAACGCGGGGCCAUAUAUUCUGAUAGACCACAUCUUGUUAUGGCAAACGAGCUGUGCGGCUGUGAAAACAUGGUUGCAUUUACUCCCUACGGGAAAACAUCCCGGCGGCAACGUCGACUCCUCCAAACGGCGCUUAGCCCGUCCAGCAUACGCAACUAUCACCCCCUUUUAGAACUCGAGACGAAACCAUUCCUUAGAAGACUCCUGGAGGACCCUGCCAGCUAUGUGGAACAUAUUAGGCGCUACGCGGGCGGUUUAACGCUCUUGGUUGUAUACGGACACCAAGUCAAAUCGAACGACGAUGAAUUUCUGAGGCUUGCAGAGGACUGUGUUGAUGUGCUUGCCAAUAGGAUAGCGUCGAGCGGCAAGAUUUGGCCAGUCGACGUGUUUCCCUCUUUGAAACAUAUCCCUCUUUGGUUUCCCGGCGCUUCCUUCAAACGCCAAGCAGUUCGGUGGAAAGCCAUGAUGCAAGAGUUCGUCGAUCGGCCGUAUAACCAUGCGCUGGAUGAGAUAAGAAAAGGAACAGCGAGGACCUGUUUUGUGUCCAUGCUUGUCGAUCCGGAUACCUAUGGUGCCGGUGCAUUGGAGAGCGGCGGUCACGAAAAUAAUGACACCUUUAAAAACGACUUCCGACAUGUUAAGGAGCCGAAGCCGAAGCAUUCAACGACUACACAGGACCACGAUCUGCGAUGGACAGCCAAUUCGAUAUAUUCUGGAAGGUUAAGCAUCGCGUUUCUUACUCUCUUCAUACUUUCAAUGGUAAAAAACCCACACGUGUUGGCACGGGCGCAAGCCGAGAUUGAUAGCGUCACUGGGGGGCGAAGGCUUCCUACGUUCGAAGAUAGGGUGCAGUUACCGUAUUGCAAUGCGGUCUUCACUGAGACGCUGAGAUGGGGCGUUCCAGUACCUUUGAGUCUUCCACACAGAUUGAAGGAAGACGACAUAUACGAAGGAAUGCUUAUCCCCAAAGGGUCGUUGGUGUUUGGGAAUAUAUGGGGGAUUAUGCGCGAUGAAAAGAUUUACCCUGAGCCCGAUAUGUUCAAGCCAGAGCGGUUCCUGGAUCUUGCACAUACAUCAAGCACGCGGGUGCCAGAUUUUGCGGCGCAAACGAGCAGCUCGAGUCCACAGAGUCUUUCUACUGAAAAACAUCAUGUAGAAAGUAAGGAUAUCAGUGCCGCAGAGCGGAGGCGUGAUCCGAGGACAUACGUGUUUGGAUUUGGUAGGCGACGAUGUCCUGGAGCUCACCUAGUCGAAUCGUCGCUCUGGUUGUUGAUGGUGAGCAUGAUCGCGACGCUGGAUAUGUCCAAGGCGAAUGUUCCAGCUGCGGGUGAGCAAAGGUUGGACGCAGGCCUAAGAGGGGCUGAGCUGGCGAUCGAGCCAGAAGUCGUGUUCGACAACUCCGUGUUCAGGAUACCGAGGCCGUUCAAGUGUUCGAUCAGACCGAGGUCGGACCACUCAUUGAAAAUUUUGAUGGAGACUCUACCAUGA